AAGCGCCUGGCGCCGUAUUUUCAGGCACACCCGGUGACCGUCUACACAACACAACCCCUCGCCACCAUCCUCAGAAAUCCAAUGGCGAGCGGAAGGAUAACCAAGUGGUCCCUGAUGAUCGGCCAGUAUGACGUGGACUUCAAACCAAGGCCGACGAUCAAGGGACAGGCACUGGCGGACUUCAUUGCAGAAUGCACCGCGCGCACCGAGGAUGAAACCAAUGACAGCAACGACUUCGAUAAUUGGUGGGAGAUGUACACCGAUGGGGCCUCGAGUGCGCGGGGCUGUGGCGGGGGAGCGGUGAUCACUUCCCCCGAAGGUUUCAAGGCCUACUACUCUAUGAAAUUCGAGUUCAAGGUCACCAACAACGAGGCUGAAUACGAGGCGCUUAUCGCAGGACUGAAAUGCGCAAAAGCCCUCGGAGCAGCUCGUCUGAAGGUGAGAAUGGACAGCCAGCUGGUGGUAACCCAGAUGAACGGCACGGCAGAAACCAGGGAAGAGAGAAUGAAGGUCUACAAAGAGCUGGCGGAGGAACAGACCGCACAAUUUGAGCAGGUGGUGCUUGAGCAGGUAUCGCGGGUGGAGAAUGCAGAGGCGGACAUACUGUCGAAACUAAGCAACCCCCCAACCGAUGACCCGGCGUCAAGCAUCCCCCGACACAUCAGAGGCUUCGUUAGGCAGGAGGUGUUCCCAGUACCGGCAACGGACGUCAUCCAGGUGGAGAUUAUCUCCAUUGCCGAACCUAAUUGGGCAAAGGAGAUAGCAGAUUAUCUCAGAGAUGGAACACUCCCUGAGCCCGAAGCUGAUGGCAGUACAGGAAGAGCAGCAUGGAUAAAGAGGCGUGCCCCUAACUUCGAACUUAUUGACGGGCAGCUCUACAAGAAGACGUUCGGCGGACCCUACCUCAGAUGCCUCCCGCCGAGCCUGGCAGCGGCGGUAAUCGAGGAAAUACACGAGGGGAUCUGUUCCAGCCACCAGGCCCCCCGGACAUUGGCCAGAAAAAUCAUCCUGCAAGGCUACUACUGGCCGACCAUACAGCAAGAUUGCUUCAACCACACUCGGAAGUGCGCAGUAUGCCAACAGUAUGCGCCUGUCCCUGGCCGCCCAGCGAGUUUUUACACCCCAAUGACCAUCGCACUACCUUUUGCUAGAUGGGGAGUAGACCUGCUGGGUCCUCUGCCAACGGCUGCUGGUGGAAGGAAGUUCGUCAUCGUGGCGAUUGAUUAUUUCACGAAGUGGGUCGAGGCCGAACCACUGGCCUCCAUCACUGAAUUCCAGUGCCAGAAGUUCGUCUGGCAGAGCAUCAUCUGCCGUUUCGGGAUCCCAGAGCAGAUCAUCACCGACAACGGCCGGCAGUUCGUCGGCAGAGGCUUUGAAGCAUACUUGGCAAAGUGGGGCAUCAGGCACUCUAAGGCCUCGGUGGCCUACCCGCAGGCCAACGGCCAAGUGGAGAACAUGAACCGGACCAUCAUGGGUGGGAUCAAGAAGAAGCUAGAAGACUACGCCUCCACCUGGCCGGAACAGCUGAAUUAUGUCUUAUGGACAUAUAGGACAACGCCC